UGUAAGAACUCAAAACCCUGCGCCUCCUUCUCCAAAGAUCAUUUUCAGAGCUCAGAAAAAGUUCAUCAAUGGCGUCUUUCAAGCUUCUUCUAUCUCACGCUAGUCGCCAUUGUUCAUCACAAUACAUUCAUCAGCUUCCGCGUUCUUCUCUUACAUCUCUCUAUAGAUCACUUUCUUCAUCCCCUUCCGUUCCCGAACCAAAUUCACCAGAAUCUCGUUCCAACGAACCUAAACCACUACCAAUACAAUCCGUUUCAUACGCAGUCAAACCUAAAGAUCCGCCUCCGCCGGCGGAGGAACAAACUGAAGAUCGGGCUUGGAGUCGUGAAGAUAUUCGAUAUAUGAAGGAUAUUCCGAAGAUAACUCCGGUUUCUUAUGCAUCUAAGGUCGCGCCUCUACCUGAAGACAGAGAAGCUGAUUCGAAGGAAGGAGAAACUGGUGAAGUGGAUGAACAGUUGGAAAGAGAGAGGAGGAGAAUUGAAGUUAGUAGUCAGGUACGAAGGAGAUUAGUGAGAGUUGAAGAUAAUACAGUUCCUUUUCCAACUUUGAUUAAGCAGGUGACUGUAAAAGAAAAGACUAUUACUACUAUUCAUGAUCUUCAAGAAGCAAUUAAACUUCUCAAGGCCAAUGCUAAAACGACAUUUGAUGAGACUGUUGAAGUGCAUGUUAAUCUAGCUGCAGAGCUUCGUCGAAGUGACCUGAAACUUAAUGGAACUGCUAAUCUGCCUCAUGGUACAGGGAAGGUUGUCAAAAUUGCGGUCUUUGCUGAUGGAACUGAUGCAUCAGAAGCGAGGGAAGCUGGAGCCGAUGUUGUUGGAAGUGAUGAUCUCAUUGAGGAAAUAAAAAAUGGUAACUUUAAGGUUGAUUUCGACACUUGCAUUACAACUCCUAAAUUUUUUCCACGAUUGAAGAAGAUAGCAACUGUCCUUAAACGACUAAUGCCAAAUAUUAAGGAUCGUACUUUGACUGCUGAUGUCGCAAAGGCAGUUACUGAGGCAAAGCAGUGUGUCUACAUAAAAAAAAGAGACAAAAGAAAUGGUGCUUUAGUGAAUGCGGGCAUCGGGAAGGUGAGCUUUUCUGAGCAGGCAUUGCGUGAAAAUAUUGGUGCGUUUCUUCAUGGUGUUCUACUUGCAAAACCUGCUGGUUUGAAAAAGAGCUCGCGAUACGCUGGCUAUGUCAAUUCUGUUCAUAUAUGCAGCACGAUGGGUGCUGGCUAUCCAGUUUCAAUGCAAUCGGUCGCGAGAGCUGCUGAUCGAUAUAGUAAAACAUUGACGAGUUGAUCUAUCGAGUUCACGUUUUUGAAUUUUCAAGAUCUUCCGACUGCAAAGAAUUUUUUUUUUGUUUUGUAGAACAAUAACAUCGAAAGAACACGGGGAAGAACAUCCAAAUGUUUUUUGUCUGGGAAUUUAAAAUCUUGCAGGCUAUUAUUAAUUUAGUAUGCUUAUUAUUUGAAGAUCAAAGUUCUUUUAAGAACUUG